AUGCCACUCACUGGGUAUAUUGGUGGACGAAUUCUCUGCAUGCACGGUGGCCUCUCACCGCAUCUGAACAAUCUGGAUCAGCUUCGCAAUCUGCCGCGUCUAAUUGAUCUGCCCAAUCCAUCCUACGGAAAUCGAUCUUUUCUGCGGGUAAAAGGCUGGCAGGCGAAUACACGUGUUGCUUCGUAUACAUUUGGGCAGGAUGCUGUGGUGGACGUGUGCCAGAAGCUCGACCUGGGCCUCAUUGCCCGUGCCCACCAAGUGGUACAGGAUGGAUAUGAGUUUUUUGCCAAUCAGCGCCUGGUCACUACUUUUUCGGCACCACACAACUGCGGACAGUUUGAUAAUGCCGGCGGAACGAUGACUGUCUCGGAAGAGAUGAAUGCUCAUUCUAGGUUGGAACCAUACUACUCGCUGAUCAACUAA